UACAGCAAAGCAGGAAUUAAAAGAGAUCAUUAAGGAUGCGAGGAAGCUGACAAUAUGUGUAGAUGAUUGGAGCAAGAGAGGAUUAACAGCAUCUUUCAUGGUUGUGUCAGCUUAUUUGUGCCCAUAUGUACAUUUUAUGUACUGGGGUUAUUGUUGAAUACAUAUUUCUAAAACUUUAUGAUGUUUUUGUUGAGUUUUUAUUACACAAUACUAUUUUCUGGCCUUGACAAAUAACCCAUAUUACAAAAGACUAAAACUAAUAAAAACUAAACUAAAACUAAGCAUUUUCAAAAAAAAUUUAAACUAAACUAGCAAACCCGCUUCAAAAACUAAUUAAAACUAAACUGAAUUUGAAAACAUAUAAAGUCAAAACAAAAUAAAAAUAAAAACUAAUGAAAAAUGCAAAACUGUAAUAACCUUGGCAAGGAGGAGUAUUAAGUCCAGUGCUACUGUCUGAUUUAUCAGUUUUUGAAAUUCAUGUUUUGUGCAAAGAAAUACAUUAAAAAAUAUUGAAUGCCAUUUAGGGAAAUACAUAAGUAUGGCAGUAAUAAUUCGAAUUAAUCAUAUCAUCCCAGAAAGUCCACAGAAUUUUGUUUGUUUGCCUGAUUGUUCAGGGUUUGUUUGUUUGUUUGUUUGUUUGUUUAUUUAUUUAUUUAUUUGCUCUGCCUAGAGUAUGUACUAUAUGUAAUGUUCAUGUCUACAGUAUGUGUGUCUUGAUACUGCAGAAAAUCACUGUUGAAGAAAGCAUCAGAACUCAGAAGGAUGUUUGUUUGUUCAGGAUUUUAAUUUUAAUUUUAAUUUUUUUGCACAGAGGGGAUUGGAAGAGACACCAUCUAAAUCGAAGACAUAUCUUGAGCACUAACAGUUUACACUUUCUGCCUCUUCACUUUCUCAUUGUGCAAAAAAAUACGCCAAGGAAUAUUUUUUAAACAAAGACAAAUGUACAUUGAUUAAUAAUAUAACGACUAGGAGUAAUCAUACAGCAAUAUGCUGAUAAUAUACUAGACUUUUGUCAUGCUUAAAGACAAGUGCUUGUGUUUUAACGCAUUGAUCUAGACACUACUGAAAAAGAUACCUCAGUAGUCUCGGGCAUCUCUACUCAGUAAAAUCUGGCAACCUUGUAGUCAUGAACAAUGCACAGUUGAUUUUAUUAAGUUCAAUGAGCCGCACAGGAAAUCAACUUAAUACGUGCAUAAUCCCUCUCUAAAUAUAUAGAACUAAGAACUGUUUGCAAUCUGUUUACUUCAAAUCACCAACUCUGACGAUGACCCUUGGUGUUUACUUGCUUCACUGUCUCUUUGUGUGUUGGUUUGUUCUUUUCUCAGGGAGAGGCUAUGACAUGGUACUAAAGGAGAUUUUGAGGGCUGAAAUCAUGCCUAUUGUGGAAGAAUUUGACCAGAAUAUGAAUGAUGACACAGUGUAUGAGGAUAGGUUACAAGCUGCUGCAGACACUUUCAUCAUAAUGGCCUCUGGUCUGCCUAGAGCUUCCGGAUGUUUCCCCCCUUGUGGUUUUCAGGCUCAGGGCACUGUUUAUAACUGCAUGACUUGUCAGUAUGACUCCUGUGAAUUUCCCCUGGAUUGCCCAUUGCAAGAAAUCACUGUGGAGGAAAACAACAGAACUCAGAUUUGGUGUCAUGUGCCAUUUGUUUUGCCAAGUGACAUACAGAUAGUUUGGAGGUAUGCAGAGAUCAAGACACUGUUGAUGGAUCAAUUUGAGGAGGUGACCGUUGGCAUGGAUAAGCUCUUCUCCAUACCCUCGGCCCGACUGGAGCACUCGGGCACAUAUCAGUGUGAGAUCUUUUCUCAGGAGCGUUCACUGGUCCGCAUCUACUAUCAUCUUACAGUUGUUCCUAAUGAGGUAGUUGGUCAUGCAGAACUGCAGGAUGUGUUUGAUAAGGCUCUCCUACCUGCUGGAAAGUUUCAAAUAUUGCCCUCUAUACCUCCAUUUUCACUGCUGAGGCUGCCUAGUCCAGAACUUCUCACCGUCUGUCUGACAUCACUGCUUUUGCUGCUCUUCCUCACUCUAGGGUUGCUGUACUGGUGGUCUUCUAAGAAAAUGGACAGUGAACCAGAUCAAACACCUGAACCACACUGGAAUAGACAUGCAUUUCAAAUCAUAGAACUAGAAGAAGUUACAGAAAAUACUAUUGAAAUGGCCUGUAAUAGUUUUAGUUCACCACUAGAGGAUGUUAAAACCACGUGCCUAAUGUAGGAUUGGCUUCUGACAUAUCUGAUAAUAAUCUGAAUCUAAAUUUAGUGACAAAUUAAUCUUCUUAUCUAAUGUGUACCAUUUUGCAAAAUGAGCCACAUUAAAUCCAAAGAGUUUUUCAUUACCUUUAUUUGCGAGUGAAAUUACCUACAGUGCACUCUCAGGAAAAAAAGUUCCUUGUCCUCAGGUGGUACUUUCAUCUUUUGUACCUUUUAUCUUUUAAUAUGUAAUAUGUGUCCAUGAAAUCCAGUGAAGCUGGUUGAGAUCUACUAUAUCAAACUUUUAUUCAUAUAUCAAUAUAGCAAACAUUUAUUCAUAUAUAGAAAACUCUGUAGAACUGUGCUAAUUUUUUUUUUUUUAAAUCUUCCUUUUUUGCUUGUGAACCUAUAUGAAUGUGAUUUCUAGAAACCCAGAGAAGCUGAAUAAAUGAAAUUUGUGUCAGUGAUAACCAGUUUGGUUGAUUUUAUAGUAAUCCUUGUGAUGCUAAACUUAGUCUGAUAUUACUCAUAACAUAGGCAUGCCCCUUUAGAGUGGGAUUGGUACAUUAGUUUGGUUCACUGCAUCUUAAUGCCCAUAGCAACACAACAGAAACAUUCCUGUUAUGCCAGCUAAACAGCAUAUAAAAUUAUACAAGAGAGAGAAAUAUGCAAGAGAAUGAAUACUCUUAUGUCUUUCUUGGCUGUAGGUACAGUGGAUGAGAACAAU